AAUGUAUUGGAAUAAAAGUGAAAGUUACCAGAAAUAUAGAAAAACUAAGUAAAGAACAUGUAUCUAAAAAUUCUACAAAAUGCAGGAACAAAGUAUUUGUUCUGUGUCACAGACUGCAACCAAGUACAUCUUUAGUUCUCUAGCUCAGAAAAUCUGUCUGCGAGUGAGCGAAAAGGAACCACGUUGACACGGCAGCCGAAGCACUAUCAUGUCAAAGUGUAAGGACAGAUUAGCAUUAGCUAACAGUGUUAAGGUAGGGAAAGCUGGGCUCUCAUUUGGCCCAGAAGUACUUUAGGCAGGAUGAGUGCUGGCUCAUGCAUGAAACACCUCCAACCCAAAUUUAGCCAAUUUCACCAAGUAAUUGUAAAUUCUUGAUCCUCGGGGUAUUUUGACAAAAGCAUGCAGCGGACAUCUUAAGUCAUCUAAGAACCUUGCCGAAAAUGCGAAACAAAUGCUCCUCAAAUCUUGAAAUCGUUCUAUUCAAUUAACAAAAAACAAACUUAGCUACAAAUAACAUUUAUUUUCCAGGGAUUACAUGAGUCAGAAGCGACAAAGCCAAUCAAUGGUGUUGUGUGGAGAUUAACACGCUGUUUCAUCACCGCAAGAUUCAUAUGCGUGCCUAAUGAAGUGUCUAGUGAGUGGACAGUAUUUUUCCACAGAAUGCUAUCAAACAGCAAAUAGGGGGCUGCGCGCAAGGUCAACACUGCUGUGUGUCAGAGAUAUUGACAUCCGAGCACGAUCGUCUGUCCGACUGGAUGCGUGCGUGCGCAAACACAAAUACUGCGGACUUCUCUAAAGAAACGUUUCUCAACAAUGACAGCCGUUCCCUCACUUGCACAAAGUCGACCUCUCCUUUGGCCUUGAAGUACCAUUCGACAGUGGCAGUAGCUUUGACCUCGCUCCUCCUCUUGCAGGAGAGGCAGCCCAGUUUGAAGCCUUGGCCCACCACCGCCUCUGUGUCCGACUCUGGCUCUGCACACGCCCCAUCGCAUCGGUGCACUGUUUGCAUGUUACAACGAUACACACCAAUUGCAUUCACAUUGUGUUUGUUUAGGCACAAAACAUGAAGCCAGGGAGAAACUCACCCAAAAAUGUGCAGGAGAGGAAAAGGAGCAGGAUGUGAAUAGCAGUCAUGUCACUGGUUAUACCGUUCUAUUGGGACAAGGGGCCUCACAAAGUUCUUUUAAACGCCGAAUUUUAGUUUUCCUCUUGACAGUUAUUGAUCAUAUAUAUAUAUAUAUAUAAUGCUUUUUAUUUGAAGAAUACUGCAGAUAUUAAGAAAUGUAGUUCAAUAAACUGCAUCCUAGCAGCUACACAUGCAUUGUAAUGGGCAAAAUACAUCCACCUACAGGCCUCUCAAAGAGAUGAUAGUACUUUGGUAGUACUUUGGCCCCAGUCAACAGUUCCCUGCUGAUUCUAGUAUUUAUUGCGACAAAUUAUUGCUGCAGACAAUUUUAACUGUCCUGAAGUUUACACGUCAAAUUGAUGGGCUUCUUCUGCUUUUAUUUAUAAAAAGAAGCACGUGUAACAUUCCACUUCAUGCUAAGACUCACAGUGUCCUCCGGAAUUUCACCUUGAGAUUGUAUUACUUUCCCCCUGAGGUUGUUAAAAUGAGAUUUGACAUCAUUGCACCAUCUUGGAAGUAGAUGCACUCAUCUCUAAUGUUGUCAAGCGACAGACGUUAAAUCUUUUGUGUUUACAUGCGCAACAUAUGCCAUCAACUGACUCUACAUUACGGACACGAAGUGCAAAUAAUAUCACUUUAAAAUCUAUAGCAGCCGGUUUGUACGAACAUAAACAGCAAUCUAAACAUUGUUCAUCUGAAUCUGAUCGCGUGCUGUCGUCAAUUGAAUGAAUCCUCCUGCGGGGCGAAAUGUGACGUCGUCCCCCACGAUGGCGGCGGUUUGUCGAAAACGGGGAAUUUCAGCUAUCUAAUCGAAUCAGCCCUUAUUGCUGGUAGGAAAGAAUCCUCGGUCGCGCUGGCAUUGUCGAUCAACUUGCAGGCGCGCAACCAAAUCCGUCAUUCACCAGAGGAACCCAAAAGCCACGUACGUCCUUGGUGCUGUCACAGUGCCUACUGAUGCUGCGCCACAGCGCACAGCAACACUUCUUUCUGCCUUUGCUCUCAGUUGAUGCUGCAGAUGUACUGCGGUGUAAAAUGACCCAUUUACGCAAUGACAGCAGCUGCUUGGAUUCCACCACUCCUUUUGUUUGUUUGGUUUUUUGGUUUUCAUUUGCCUGCUAUCUUAUCCCGUAAAAUUAAUUAGAUAUCAUUUUUAAAAUGCUAGUUUAAGACGAGCAGUGAUAGGAUAGUUAGGUGUACUGGCUCUUUAAGAAGAUUCUGGCUGGACUAGGUGAUCUCAAGGUUCCUUCUCCUGACAUUCUCUAAUCUCGUAUGUCGGCCUCGGUUUUUAUUUCCAACAAAACAAUUGGACGAAAAUGUAAAAAGCAAGCUAUCUUUGCGUAUAAUUCGUUCAAUGGCAUAGAAAUGGACUAGGUGUCUCAUCUCCGUUUAGUCUAAUUUAUUUGUCGGUCUUACUUUUAAUUUACCAACAAAAUAAUUGAAAAAAAGUGUUUUUAAAACACGGGUGACAAUUUUUUUUACAUAUACACUUCAUUCAAUAUUACAGCAAGAAAUAUGCUAGUUGUCGAAGGUUAUUAGGAAGGACUGGCCCUUUAAGAACCCGUCUCCUGUCAUUCUCAAUGUCAUAUAUGCCUUACGUUCAUCACCGCGAACAACAAAAACGAACAGAAGUCGGGCAACCUGUUUCACGCGUAUCUUAUUAUCCCGAUCUGGACCUACAACAUGCUGGACAAACUUAUACGGAUCAGGUGAUCGAAAACUGUCGAGAAAGAGUGCUGCAAUGGUAAAGUGUAGUGUACUGGCCCUUUAAGAACCUCCUCGCUCGCAGGACGAGGCGACCCAGUGGCACCAACUCUCAUGUCAUAAUGUGCCGGUCUCACUUUUAUUAACACCUAAACAAAACAAGCCCAUGUGAUAAUAUUACACGCCCCUUUGGGUUGGUUGUUGUGGAGUAAUAUUGAAGGUAUUUCCACGUUUCCUUCCUAAAGGCCAAUCACGAUGAUGUGAUGCUCUUUAGCCAGCCAGUUAGCAUCAGUGCAACAGCGUCGUAAACAACAGCCGAGCUGCUGUUAAGUCUUGCUAGCUUUCUAUAUAUAUUAUACAGAUAUACAUAUAUAUAUAUAUAUAUAUAUAUGUAUGAAUUUACUUUUAAAUGUAACAACAAAAAAGACACAUUACACGCUGUAACCUGGAGCAUGCCGGAAGACGCGACGCAUUCCAAAUAAAAGCGCAGGGCAAAGAUUUCGCUCAGUAUUGCGUGACUAUGGAUCCGAGCUCCAGUGCUUCGACUGUUCCAGGUGCUUUGACCGUGCAAGUGUGUUUCCCCUCUGUGCGCGCUGCUCUUCUGGACAAUCUGAAUCACCAGCGAGAGGAGGGCCGGCUGUGUGACCUCUCUAUCCAUGUGCAAGGCAAAGUGUUCAAGGCCCACCGCUGUGUGCUCGCUGCAUCCUCGCCUUACUUCCAUGAUCAGGUGUUACUGAAGAAUGUGACAACGGUUUCCCUCCCCUCAGUCAUGGACCCAGUGGCGUUUGAGAGCGUGCUGAGUUCUGCUUACACAGGCCAGCUGAGCAUCGUUCACGAUGACAUCGUCAACUACGUCACCGUGGCCAGUUUCCUCCAGAUGUGGCACAUCGUGGACAAAUGCACCGAGAUCCUAAAGAGACCCCGACCCUCGGCAGAAGUAACCCUGCCGGAUGCCUCAGUAGUUCAUGCCGGCAGCGCAUCCAGACAGCAGUCACCGAGCAGCACCGACUGCUUGUAUCUAGAGAGAGAGGGGAGAAGGAAAGAGGCUAAGCCUGACGCUUUGCCUCCUUUGGCUACUUGGAGGCGCCCGCAGCAGUUUUUAAGAUGGGGGAGCUCACGGCCUUCCUCUGCGCAGCACUUGGCCGACUCCCAACUGGAUGCCCUCCCAUACGCAGAGAGCGAUUACACCUGCUGCGAAGAGACGUGCGACGGCAAAAGCGGCCAUUUCGGCCACAAUUGUCCCAGUGCGGAGGUACGAAAGCAGAAACUCAGGUGUCAGCCUCGAGGAGCUCUGCAGUGUGUUGACGGUGAAGCACCACAGAGCAAGAAGAAUGAGAAAAGAGAGCUUGAAGCUGAUGAAGGAGUCGGAGAAGGUGGGGUGGAGAAGAAGGAAGGAUUUGCACAAACGGGUCAUUGUGGAGACUUGCAGCCCAUGUUAGUAGAGAAUGAAGAGUCAAGACGAGCCAUGGGGAAGGUGAGUUUGGUGGACGUACGAGAUAAAGCACAGAUGUUGUCCAGUGUCCCGCCUUGCCAUAAAGCCGAAAGUCCUUUGGGAGAACCCUGUGCCGUUUUAGCCCGAGUGCAGUGGCAAGCAGGUCCCUGGUCUCAGCAAGAGUCCAGACCACAGGAGGGGGAAGUGGUCGGUAAAGCUGAGGAGGGUUUUCAAUGUCUCACAGGGGGGAAAUUUAACUCUGAGACAUAUGAUGAGAUCGAAGAUGGGACAGGCCACGUUUCCCAGAGGCCUCUGGUGCCCGCGUCACCUGACUUCACCAUGGCGACCUCAGAGGGGAGCUGGCUUUCCACCAGCGUGCUGCAGAGUGGCGCAUCGUUAACUCUGUCCUCCGCUCGCCAUUUGCCCCCCUCUUCCGCCAAUCUGCCGCCACCCUCAUCGCCCCCAACCCCGUCAUCGUCAUCCUCGGUGAUCAUGGCCAGCGCCCCGUACUCGGGCAAAGUCCAUUUCUGCCACUGCGGCAAAGCCUUCACGCUGAAGAGCAUGCGCGACCGCCACGUGAAGAUGCAGCAUCUCAACCUGCGGCCGUUCGGCUGCCCCGUCUGCGCCAAGUCCUUCAAGAUGAAACAUCAUCUCACCAAGCACCUGAAGACGCACGGAGGGCUGCGACCUUACGAGUGCGGCGUGUGUGGCAAGAAGGUCAUCUGGAGAGACAGCUUCCUGAGGCACCAAGCCAGAUGCGAGAGGAUCGCGUCCUCCGAUGACAACACGAGCUCGGCUCGGGCCGACAUGGACGGCAGCUACGGUUACGCCUUCGACGGCGGGGACGCCUUUCUCUCAAUGGGAGGACAAGUGAAAGUGGAGGAGGUGGAUUUCCAUGGGGAAAUGGAGGCUGGGAUGAGUGGGUUGCUGGGAAGUGUGUCCGGGAUUGUGGAUGAACUAAGAACUCCAAAUGUGGACACUGGUGGUCAUGUUUACAAAGAGGAGGCAGGAGAGAACUUUGGUGAAACAAAGUAGUAUUCAACCAUAUAAAUAAGUGUCGUUUGAGAAUCUAUAAGGGAUAUUUCAAGAUAUUUAACCGCAACUGUACGAUUUUCUUCCAAUUUUGAAGUGGUUAGAAAUGAAAGGAAAGGACAAGAACAGAAAACAUAUUUGUUCUAAACCUCUUAAUAGAGAGAGAGAGAGAGAGAGAGAGAGAGGCUAAUAAACCUUCGUCGAAUUAGGUCCCUCUCGACUUUAAACAUUUAUAUUAUUAAAACUACAGUGGUACCGCGACCUUCAAGUGACCUACAAGUUUUUCAAGCUAUCGCUCGGGCAAUUUGAUUUAUUUUUUGUCUUGAGUUGCAGGCAAAAAUUUGAGUAUGAGCGCUGAAGCGUGUCAGCGAACUUCACAAUCUUUUAAUUUUGUUGUUACUCUACUUUGUUGUUACUUAUUUUUUAACCAGCGCAUUUCCUUCCGUCACCACAUAGUUUGUGGUUUUGACUUCAAGUUGAGCGGUAUCUCUUAUUAGUUUCAAGUUCGUUGGCCUUUAUCUAUCUGAUUAAGAGUUUUACAACAAAAAUAGGUUGUGUUCUGUGGUAUUUUCUUUCCAUUUCCAACGGCACCUCAAAUUUUGAAGAAAAUCUGAGAAGUGAAGGUUCUUUGUUGAUUUUACAUGGAAUGUUCCACUAGCACAACUCAGUAGUGGCUCUUUUGGAGCAACUUAUGGGCGUUUUAAUGUUACAUUUUGGGAAAAAUACUUUAAGGGAUUGAUGCGCUUAAGUACGUUUGUAGCAAGCAGUGUUGUUACUGUUCUUCAUUAUUUUAAACCUAAAUUUGCACAUGUAUUAUUUGCUUUCCACCUGAAGUGGAACAUGAAAAAUAGACAAAUAGAGUACGGUACAAAUAGAAUGUUUUUUGUCCUAUACAGUUUUGCACUAUGUGAUGGGGUAAAAAAAAAAAAAAAAGUUUUUUUUAUUUUUUAUUAUUAUUAUUUUUUUAAAAUCUACUUGUUCAUGAAGAUGAUGAGUGCUAACAAUUAUUUACACGACUGAAACAUUCAUUCUUUUACGGUGGUGUAAAAUUCACUGGACACUUCAUUCGGUACAUCUUCACAGUCUAGGUCCAACACAAGAUCUCUCUGCUGUUGCAAAGAUCGAAAAAUACACUACGAAAAGAGCGUUAUAGAAUAAGGAUGGAUAGCUUGGUAGUACUGUAUUUGGCCAUUCUUGCGUUGCUAAAUAAGGUAAGCUAUUUUACUACUGCUAAGUAUAACCAGUUUUGAUUUUUUACAUUUUUCUAUUGGUUCUCAUUAGAAUGUGCCUAAUGUUGUGGGCGGUGGGUGUGUAAAAUAAUGCUGAUUAUCUUUGCAGUAUCCUCCUUUAUUCCUUCUGUAAUUAUCUUUUACUGUGUCUCAGGGGCGGUUCUAGCUCAUGUUCAGCGGGCUGGCCAGACUGGGUCCAAGGGUUUUUC